UUCACUAUAUCACUAUAUUCAGUACACAGAACAUGGAAAUGCAAUUAUUUUAGUAAAUAUAAAUUGCUAGAUACCUUCUCAUCAGCAAUUAGAGCACUGGUUAAAGCUUGUAUGAGGAGUUUUCUUUCUGCUCCAGGAGGAUGCAAAACCCUUGACCUCUGUCUGAACAGUGUUGAUUGGCCCUGUGCUGAUCACAUGCACUCUCCCAAGAAAAAAAAAAAAAAAAACACUCUGAGCAUUUGAACAAGAAGCUGAGCAUGUGCAGAUUAAGUGCUACAGGUUCAGUCUAUCUUAUGGGGUUGAAAUGCAGGGUCAGGAGUCUUGCAGCCUCAUAGGAUAGUCAGAGCAGAAUGAAAACUCCUCCAACAACCUUUAACCAGUGCUCAGCUGGACGCUGAUAGAAGUCACAAGACUGCUAUAAACUGCUGAU